AUGAGCUCACUUAGUAAUAUAAGAGAAGACAUAACAAACAGCAUGGCGUUCGUUAGCUUAAGAAGCAGUUUAAGGAUAUUGUGGACGAUGGCGGCGGCAUUUGUAUUUCUGACGAAAAGCAGCGCUGCUCCAACUUUUACCGAUACGGAUAAGGCCAUGAUGUAUUUAGCGCAAUACGGUUACUUAAAUCCAUCGGUACGGAACCCUUCCAGCGGCCAUAUAAUGGAUGAAACAUCGUGGCGCCGAGCCAUCGCUGAAUUCCAAAGUUUCGCUGGCCUCAAUGCAACAGGUGAAUUGGAUGACGAAACAGCAAACGUCAUGUCCUUACCGAGAUGUGGUGUUCGAGACAAGAUUGGAUUUGGGGAAAGCCGCGCCAAAAGAUACGUGUUGCAAGGUUCAAGAUGGCGUGUGAAGAACCUUACGUACAAGAUUUCAAAGUAUCCGUCGCGUUUGAACCACGCCGAAGUUGACAACGAAUUAGCCAAAGCUUUCUCUGUGUGGUCAGACUACACUGAUCUUACUUUUACGCAGAAGCGUUCCGGUUCGGUGCAUAUCGAAAUCAGAUUCGAAAAGGGAGAACAUGGCGAUGGAGACCCAUUUGACGGACCUGGUGGAACUCUUGCUCAUGCGUACUUCCCUGUUUAUGGCGGCGACGCUCACUUUGACGAUGCUGAAAUGUGGUCAAUUAAUUCACAGCGCGGAACCAACCUCUUCCAGGUAGCAGCUCACGAAUUUGGUCACUCGCUAGGACUAUCUCACAGUGAUAUCCGUUCUGCACUCAUGGCUCCCUUCUACCGAGGUUACGAUCCAGCCUUCCAGCUCGACCAAGAUGACGUUCAAGGAAUUCAGGCUUUAUACGGACACAAGACCCAACUGGAUAUCGGCGGCUACCCUUCACGACCAUCAGCCCCUCGCGCCACUACACCGACGACGUCAGCCGAGGAUCCAGCUCUGUGCGCAGACCCGACCAUUGACACCAUCUUUAAUUCCGCUGACGGCGCAACAUUUGUUUUUAAAGGCGAGCACUACUGGCGGCUCACAGAGACCGGCGUAGCGGCGGGCUACCCUCGGCUGAUCUCGCGCGCCUGGCCCGGCCUGCCCGGUAACAUCGACGCCGCCUUCACAUACAAGAACGGGAAAACGUAUUUCUUCAAGGGUUCCAAAUAUUGGAGAUAUAAAGGACAAAACAUCGACGGCGACUAUCCCAAGGAAAUAAGUGAAGGGUUUACUGGUAUACCAGACAACAUAGACGCGGCGUUAGUUUGGUCAGGCAACGGCAAGAUAUACUUCUACAAGGGUACCAAAUUCUGGCGGUUCGAUCCUUCUCAACGCCCUCCGGUCAAAUCCACAUACCCCAAGCCGCUUUCUAACUGGGAAGGAAUUCCGGAUAACAUCGACGCAGCCCUGCAAUACACGAACGGAUAUACAUACUUCUUCAAAGGAUCCUCAUAUUGGAGGUUUAACGACAGAACUUUCAGCGGGGACACGGACAAGACGGCGUUCCCGCGCUCGAUCGCGUACUGGUGGCUGGGCUGCAGCGGCGCGCCGCGCGGCACCAUAGGAGGUAACGCGCGGCUCUCAGCAGCCGACACGCAGCCGCCCGCCGACGACGACGUCGGCGACAUACUCUUCGACGCAGAUGAAGGUGAAAGGGCGGGUGGCAAUGGUGGCAGUAGCGGCGGGUCGACGCGGCCAUCGCUGCUGGCGCUAUGCGCGGCGCUGUGUGCGCUUCUGGCGGCGGCGGCGGAGAGCUCGUAG